GUCUUGUCUGUGACUCUCAACUGCACAUAAUCCUCCACAAAGAGCCAAGCGUCAUUUAUCCUUGCCGAACCCCUUAGUUUUUGGUCGCAUUUUAUCGCAGUAUCUGGCUAAGAAAACUUGUUGACCCUCGCAGGGCUUCCGGAUACCAUUCUAUUACUCAUCGUGCAUCCCGCCACUUAUCUACUGCUUUCGUGCACCCCUUGAACGUGGUACAAUCUGGAGUGGUUUUGGACUGAAAAGGGCAAAUCGGGACGGGGGUCUACAAAAGCCGAGAAUCCAAAAAUGUCUCGGGCAACGUCAACAUCAGCUCCCGAACUGAGCCCCAAAUUUUGCUUCAAUGAGAGAUUGCUCCGAGAUUUUCUACGUUUAUCCAGAUCGACAAUAGAUGAUUCAAUUACCCAGAACCUUAAUGCUCUGUUCACCCCGUCACGGGAGGGUUUCGAUCCUUCCUCGACUGCGGUACGUCAAACAGAUUCAAACGCUGGGCGCACAAUAGACCCGGCUGCUUGUGAGAAAUUCAAGGACAACGUUCUAUUCCCCUCAUGGCAGACACGGUCAGACGUGCUCAACUACUGCGCCGGCGUCGCUACAAGUCCCGACCCGGACGAUCCGGACCUUGUUCUUCGACAGACCGAAUCAGCGAGGGACCGAGAGCGAGUCGUCGAUGAACGUCUAGAUCCGUACUCCGCGCGGUUUUUCCCUCGCGAGGCACGAACCGAGUCAUUGGCGAAUCUUGUCCGGAGUCAGCGCAGCGUUGAGGAGAUCAUUCGUGCCCGAACAUGGGGUCUCGUGACGGAGAGAUGCGAUGGCCCAUCAACAGGCUGGGAAGAAGCACUCAAUAGCUGGCGGGAAAGGAAGCAACAGUGAUUGCAGACAGGAAGGACUGGUGCCAAUAGCUUUUUCCAAGCUUGUAAAGAACUCUUUGGGAGAGUUAUAAGAGGCCGAUAUGUUCAUGGUCCUGCUUAUAUGGUCAUUCAGUCAUGAUUCGGGAUAUAAUGUAUAUACUCAACGUGUACACUAAUUGCAUAUAAAAAAGCGUUCUUUGAUAAUAAGAUCAUGAAUUCAAGAGUGUGAC